GCGUAGGUGAAGGAGGGAAGGGGGAGAAGGGGCCGGAUUUGGAAAAAUAUUAACCGAAACGCCGCACGGAGCUGGAGGAGGCAGCAAAAGAUUUUGCCUGAUAAAGCUUCUAAAAAAAGAUGGAAUGAACUGUGGAAAUUACUCAGAUUGUUAAGUGGUACAUGUACAGUAAUGUUAUUUGAAGAAUAAGGAAUAUUCCAUCAAGGGUCUAAAUAUGGAACUGGCUAAUCAUGGUCUAAUCCUGCUUCAACAACUAAAUGCCCAGCGAGAAUUUGGGUUCCUGUGUGACUGCACAGUGGCUAUAGGUGAUGUCUAUUUCAAGGCACAUAAAGCAGUCCUUGCCUCUUUCUCCAAUUACUUCAAAAUGCUUUUUAUCCAUCAAACCAGUGACUGUGUCCGACUGAAACCAACGGAUAUUCAGCCAGAUAUCUUUAGCUACCUCCUACAUUUGAUGUACACUGGGAAGAUGGCUCCCCAGAUUAUUGAUCCGGUCCGUCUCGAGCAGGGGAUUAAGUUCUUACAUGCAUACCCAUUGGUUCAGGAAGCCAGCUUAGCCAGCCAUGGAGCGAUUCCUCGUCCUGAUCAGGUUUUCGCGUGGACAUCUUCACUCUAUGGCAUCCAGAUUGCAGAUAAUCAAACGACAGCUCAAAGUAGGUUAUCGGCAGGAGCAGAAAAGACCGGGCGAGAGCCCAGGUCACAUACUCAUCCUUCUCGGAUGGAGCAAGAACGAGGUGCAGAAGGUAACCAGCAGCAUCCUCAAGGUGCACAGAUUCUCCAACCUUCACAGCAUUUUGGGCAGUCAUCUGUGGCUCCUUCAGGCACACAAGGCUUGAUUUCUCCAGCUGGUCCCCCAACAGCUGAAGAACGUUGCGAGAAUAUCCCCAUGUUAGAUGGGCAGCCAGGAAUACAUGCAAUAGCUCAUGUUAAGCCCAGUAUUAUGAAAAGGAAUAGUGGUUUUCCAAAGUUUUAUGUCUGUCAUCUUUGUGGCAGAAGGUUCACUCUACGAAGCAGCCUGCGUGAGCACCUACAGCUUCAUACAGGAAUGUCACUUCCAGUUACCAACCCAACAGGAAUGAAUAUGCUGGGACAAUUGGUAGAGCCUGGGAAACCUACAAAAGAUCCUGAAGAAAUACCAGAAGCAGAAGUAAUUAGCGAUGGUGAACUGCAACAGAAAAACGAUUCACCAAUGGCAGAUGGCCAACUACAAGCAGAAACACCACCCCCAUCAGACAUUGCAGACAUUGACAACAUAGAGCUAGGGGAUCAAGAUCGAGAAGUAAAAAGGCGAAAAUAUGAGUGCUCCAUCUGUGGACGUAAAUUCAUCCAGAAAAGUCACUGGCGAGAGCAUAUGUAUAUUCACACAGGCAAACCAUACAAGUGUAGUACCUGUGAUAAAACAUUCUGUAGGGCCAACCAGGCUGCCAGGCAUGUGUGCCUUAACCAGAACUCUGAUACCUAUAUGAUGGUGGAUAAUAAGCAAGCGAUGCUCACUGAAGGUUCCUCGGAAGAAACGAGUCAGUCACUAAUGGAUCCAGUGUUCCUAGCAACAAACCAGUCAAACCAAUCGUACAAGUGCAAUCUCUGUGAUAAAAGCUUCUCGACUGCGAGUGAAGCUGUUCGGCAUUCGUGCCAAAACCAGAACUCUGAUACCUUUGUUUUGAUGGAAGGCCAACCAACAGUUCAGGGGGAGGGCUCUUCAGAAGCUUGUGAAGUGACAGAAGUGAGCCAGUCAUUGUCAGAAACAGUGCAUAACGUGGAGGAUGGCCAGGCUGUUUUAGUGGAAUGAAAACUCUGUUCAUUUACUCACUUUUCAAUGUAUUUCUUAUAAUGUACAAUUCAAAAUUAAUAGUCAUUAGAUAUGAGGACGUUAAAAUUUUAUUUUCUAAAUUAGAUCUGAGCUUUCUUUGGUAAAAGCAUGUCAUUCAUUAUCCAAGGACCUUGUUACUUUUAAGAUGAAAAUUCAGGUGGCAUAAUUGUAUCAGUCAGUGUUUGCACUAGAAUUCAGACUAGCCCCUGUCAAUCAUGAGCUGCUUUGGGACCAGGUUAAUAUAAAAGAAACUGAUGUGUGUUGUUCUUUACUUGUACUGGUGUUACCUGAUGAGUACCGCCCUUGUAAAGUGGAUUGAGUAGGAAAUUUAAUCACGCUGUUCCAAAUGCAUAGAAGUUAUCACAUCAUGUAUAUGCUUCACCGAGUUAUUUCUGCACAGCCUCCCUGAACCAACUCCAGACUCAAAGAAGUGAACAAAGUCCUGUUGAGCUCUUUGGAUGUGUACUCAAACUAAAAGGUACCCAGUUUGAAUAAAGCAUUGGUGACUGACAGUUUCCAGGGGUCACGGUGCAGCAGUUGACAUUUUGUGAUUAAGCAAAACUCAUGUUCUCCCUAAAGAGACACAAGAGCUGUUGACAAAUGUUCUUAUGCUUCACUAAUUAUCAGCUGAUCACUGAGCACACACCAUCUGUUGGUAGUAUAAUGAAUGCCACAAAUGACGAAUCAUAAGGAACAUGAGGAAAUAAGAGCAGGCCAUUCCGCCUAAAUAAACAAUAUGCAGACAUAAUGUGGCAUUGCUGAACCAAUAAUGAAUCCAGAGUAUGGUUAUACCCUGGGUGAAGUCAGCAUAUGACUAAUUCUCUCAAAAGUGGAACAACAAUUCAGUCAAUGUUAUUGGCAAAGAAAAAUGUAUGAACCUGGGUGGGUGAAGGUAUUGCAGUAAAUCCUAUGUCAACUAGAAUGCCCUUCUAAUGAGUGAAUUAUAUAUAUGAGAAGUAUUUCCUAGAUAGAACUUGUUUGAUAUGGUAUUAAAUACAAAUUGCUCACAUUUGGAAAUUUUGUUUCGAGACCCGUUUUCCAGUGUGAUAGAACAAAGCAGUGCUCUGGUGCUCCAUGUUCUUCCCUAUUAACUUGUAUAAUCUUGUUUUUAAAUGUGUUCAGUGUAACUCUGAAUAUCACUUUUACCUCACUUAUUUACAAUUUGCUCUUUGACAUGUCUGUAAUUUGCUUUCAAAAGUGGGUAUGGGGGGAUUUAAAAGUACAUCUAUGCAUGCUGACUUCAAAAUACAGUAGUAGUAUUUGUAACUUGUUUUACAGAAGUACUAGGUGCAUUAUUUAUUCUGUGUUGUAUGUCUUUAUACAUUUAAGAGUCCUUAAUAAAUACUGGAAAAAAUCUAAGCUGAAGAAUAGCAACCCUUAAAGAAAAAAAAAACUAUCCCCUUUCAUCAUUUCCAGAUUAACUGUAUGGAGAUUCGUAAUAUGCAAAAAAAAAAUCACGGUAACAUUGCUGUCUGAAAGGGUAAAAGGUGGCUGUGUGCCAUGAAAAUAAAUUCACAUUUGGUUUCUUGCUCAAAAUAUUUAGUAAGUGUGCACACGUACCAAAAAUGUAAGCACUUGUGCUGUAGAUAUUGUAUUAGCUGUGUAGAAAUUUACUUUUCUCCACAAAGUGGCAUGUGCGAAACAUUGACCUAGAUUGGAACAGAAGUGGCAAUUUUUUAAAUGUCCCGUUACCUUGAAAUUGAUCAAAUUUUAAGAAGUGUGCUUGUGAUGACUGAUUUUUCCAAUUAGCCUAUUUUUAUUUGCUAAUUAGUACACAUGCUAACUUCAUUCAGUACUGUACUACUAACAGUGCGAUAGUGUUAAAGUGCUCUUAUUGUAGACAAGCACUAAAAACCACUAUCUGAAGUACACAGAAUGAAUAAAUAUGAUACUUGCUCAAACAAAAUGACUAAUUUUACCAAUAGGUUAUGAAAGGAUACACCAGACUCGUACAUUUGGAACUGUUACAUAUAAAUGCUAGUGUUACAAGAAGCAUUGAACCCCAAGAUAUUUUGUUUCACUGUUUAUUAUUUGUAGUUUUGUGUCUAUAUAGCUAUUUAACUAGUUGCUCAGUAAACCCCCAGAUUAUACUAAGGUAUUACUCGCAAACUUAAAUUCCUAAAAUACAACGAUAAAAUUCCAAGAAAUAAUGGAUGUAAAUUGCUCUGUUGUUACAAGUUUCAUUUAGAGUUAUUAUAAUAGAAUUAGUAUUUGAAAUAAAGUUCAACUGCCUUAAAAUACUGAAAGCAUAACCAUGAUGUUCAGUGUCAAACCUAUUAUUUGCAUUAAUUAUGGUUCAAAAAACGUGUAGUUUUUUAAAUCAGUAUUUGUAAAGCUUGUUUCAAGAGAGAGAAAAUAAUGUAGUUCAGUCUUGUAAGAUGAGUCCCAGGUGAGGAAAGUACAUUCCUUCGUUCUAGUUAACAAGUAAUACACUGUAGUAUCCUUGACCAAAACAAAUCGAGGGUUAGCCAGUUUAAUUGGGGGCAUAUAAACAUUUCCUUUUGGCCCACAAUGGCUCUUUUAAAAUUUUUCUGAUCGUGUUUUUAAGUAUGUUGAUAAUAGCAAAGUCGAACUUUACUUGAAUUUUAAAUUGCUGAGGUUAAGAGCAUUGUUUUCUGUGAUAUCACCUGCGGUAGUGCUCCUUACCAGCAUUGUCAAAAUUUGAAAUGCAUUGUACAGUGUUGCCUUUUUUGUGUAACUUUUAAGUUGCUGCUCAAAAGCUAGCCAGUUCACCUGUAUAAUUGGGGCCUUAUUUGACAAAGCAUACAUGCAGAUUCUUUAUCCUUGCUGUAUACAGUAAUAGACUACAGAUUAGUUGGAGAAGAGUUGUGUAUGCCUUGUUGACUAAGUCACAGGUCUAAAUUUCAGCCUUACUUUUUUCAAUGACUUGCCAUUGUGUUAAGUCCUAAAUCUGCAAACUGAAUACACACCGCACCUGUAUUUGUCUUGAUUCCAUGCCACAACUUUACUGUUAAAUCAAAAAUUUUGUUAGUUAAUAACUGUAUAAUGUGUAAUAUAACGCUGCCAAUACCAAAGACUUGAAUAAAACGAGCUUGGUAGGAACU